CGCGUGCGGCCCCGACUCGGGGGGAAAGCGCCCCGCGCGGAGCAGCCUGGCCGCGCGCCGCCUCGGGAGCCAGCAGCGAUGAAGACAAGCUUUGUAGGAAUAUACCACUUAUCAAGUGGCCCAUGAAUUUUGUGAGAAAUCGAAGCAAGAAAUUAACCUGGCUCAGAUCCAUUCAGGUAUUAGAAAACAGCCCCAUGCCUGGAGGUUACGGGGUGAUGGGUGACGAUGGCUCUAUGGAUUACAGUGUUCAUGAGGCCUGGAACGAAGCCACCAAUGUUUACUUGGUAGUGAUUCUUGUUAGCUUUGUUCUCUUCAUGUAUGCCAAGAGGAAUAAAAGGAAAAUUAUGAGAAUAUUCAGUGUGCCACCUACAGCAGAAACUUUAUCAGAGACCAGCUUUUAUGAUACAAUAAGCAAAAUUCGUUUAAGACAGCAACUGGAAAUGUACUCCAUUUCAAGGAAGUAUGACUAUCAGCAGCCACAAAACCAAGCUGACAGUGUGCAACUCUCAUUGGAAUGAAAUCACAGAAAAUGAACAAACAACCUAAGUAAUUGUUCAACAGUCUGGUAGUAAGCUCCUAAAUAUACUAAGUCAUGAACAGCACUUCUUUUAAAACCCUAUCUUCAUAGAACCAUUUUACUUGUCAUUUUUUCCCAUGUGUGUUAUUUUGCUUUUUAAAAUUGCAUCACCAUGUUAUUUGUUAUACCAAAAAGGGGGGGGGUCAAAAGAACUGGACGCAGACCAUCUGCACAUACUUAGGACCUUUCAUUUCUUCAGGAUACAAUCAGAAAUAAAAAUACAUCUUUGGAAGUGAGAAUCUGGAGCUUAUGCUACUUUGAUUUAAACGUUUUUGCAAAAUUACAAAGUAAAAAUCCAGUCAUUGGAAGAAUAUCAUCCUCUUCAGUUGUAUUCUGUGAUAAAUGUCAUAUGGAUAAUGGAUGAAUUUGUGUUCUUACUGCUGUUGUUACCACACUUUAAUUGAAUUAACGAUCUUUGCUUCUUCCAAAUGAACUCGCACAGGAGACUGCCUUUUCUACUCUUGUCAUGAAGCAUUCCCAUCUGCUAAUUGUGGAAGCUUCUUGUGAUUGGAAUGUUUUCCCUUCAUUGUUUUCCCAAGAGUUUGUUUGCUUUUUUCUUUUUUUUUUCAAUCCCAUAGUUCUAUUCCCACCAGAACAGUCUUCUUUGGACCAUACUGGAGCCAUGCUGCUGAAUAAAUGGACACGUUUAUAUUGGUGUUGGCAACUUGCUUUUUUGAUCAUGUAACUCUCGAGUUUAAUAUAACUGUCUGGUUACUUACACUUUUUUAGCAUAAUAAGCUUCACUGAAGACUCAUAUCUUGUACCUUACACUGAAAUGUUUUUAUCUAAUUUUUCAUAUUUCUUUAGAUAAAAGUUGGUGGGAGGUAGUGGCAAGGGAAUUUCCCUGUCCACAUCCCUGUCCAAGAAGUUUUUGAAUCAAAGCCAUUCCUAAUUUUAAGAGUUAGAGUUAAUAUUUCAAGCAUUGUUUCCUUUUCCCUUUAUAAUUAUGAAGUAAAGAACAUAAAUUUUAAACGGAAAGGUUUAGACCAAAUGAAAUUACUGAGGGAAAUUGCAUUUGCUUUUAAAUUUUAAUUAUAUUAUUCAAAAAUGUCUUUCUUGUACAAGGUGAAUUGCUGACUAAUGGAAUAAUUCUUUUUUGACUCACAGAAGAGUUUGAGUGCACUGCAGAUAAUAGAAUGAAAAACUGACUACAGGAUUGUAAACAGUCAUAAUUACAGGCAGGGGGUAGAACAGCAUGGGGCCGAUCUUACACUUUGCUCUUAGGAAAACCACCAUAUAUUUCUGUGAGCAGAAAAUGUAAUUAGGAGCAGUUUACUUGUAUCACUGACAUGUUGCACAAUCUGGACAAAUUACAGAAACUGGCUAUCUCAGAUGAUUUAUAAAAAUAUUGUCCCUAAAUAAAUGUACAUCCCAAUGAAA